UGUUUGGUUUGAUUACUUUUAAAAACUUAUUUGUAGAGAAAAUUUCUCAAAAACGUUUCAGAAAUACAAACCAAACGAACCCUGAAUCUCUCCCACAAUGAGUUCUUUGGUUCUAUACCAUCAUCUUUCAAUAAAAUGGUAAGUCUUACUUCCAUUGAUGUGUCGUACAAUCAGUUAGAGGGUCCUCUUCCUGACAUCAAGGUCUUCCAAGAGGCUCCAUUCGAGGCACUCAAAGGUAAUAAAGGUUUAUGUGGUAAUGCUACUGGUCUUAAGGCUUGCUUGACAAAAUUGAACAAUGGGGAUGUUGAAAAAAAGGGCAAGAAAGUCAUGUUACUAGCUGUACUUCUUGUUUUUGGAAUUUUGUUUCUUUUGCUAAUGGUUCUUGGCAUUUUCAUGGCUUUUCGUAAGAAAGUGAGGAACACAAAAAAUGAGCCAUCACAAGUAAACCGUGAUAAUGUUUUUGCAAUAUGGAGCUAUGAUGGAAAAAUGGUUUAUGAAAACAUCAUUGAAGUCACUGAGAACUUCAGUGCCAAAUAUUGUGUUGGAGAGGGAGGAUAUGGUACUGUUUAUAGAGCUGACCUACCAAAUGGUCAUGUAGUUGCUGUGAAGAAACUUCAUGCAACACUUCAUGAUGACUCGACUAAUCUAAAAGGGUUUACAAGUGAGAUCCGCGCAUUAACUGAGAUUCGGCAUCAUAACAUUGUAAAGCUGUACGGUUAUUGUUCACACCCAAGGCACUCGUUUUUGGUUUAUGAGUUCUUGGAAGGGGGAAGCUUGGGAAAGGUUCUUAGUAUGGACGAUGAUAUAGUAGUCUUUGAUUGGAUUAAGAGAGUGAACACUGUUAAAGGUGUGGCAAAUGCUCUGUCUUAUAUGCACCAUGAUUGUUUUCAACCAAUCAUCCAUCGAGACAUAUCAAGCAAUAAUGUUUUGUUUGAUUUCGAGUAUGUGGCUCACAUAUCUGAUUUUGGCACAGCUAGAUUUAUGAAUCUCAACUCAUCCAAUUGGACUUCAUUUGCUGGGACCUUUGGUUAUGCUGCUCCUAAACUUGCUUAUACAAUGGAAGUGAAUGAGAAGUGCGAUGUUUAUAGUUUUGGGGUGCUGGCACUGGAAGUGAUUAUGGGGAAGCAUCCUGGUGAUCUAAUCUCCUUUUUAUCAUCAUCCUCGUCCUCAUCAUCAACAUCAACUGCGCAAGGCAUAUUUUUGAAGGACGUCUUGGACCAACGCCUUCUACCUCCGAGGAAUCAAAUGGCAGAGCAAGUAGUUGUUGUUGCGAAACUAGCAUUUGCAUGUUUACACACCACUCCACUGUCUCGGCCAACCAUGCAACAAGUUGCUACGAUAUUAUCAAAGCAAAGGCCAACACCGCAAAAUCAAUUCUACACGAUUACAUUAGGACAACUCUUUGACAUCAACUGCUCGAGCUCUUGAGUAGUUGGUGGACAAGAUUUUCCAUGGGAACUUGGCUCCACUAAUAUUGGACAUCUACGACUUUAGUCCUGAGUUCCAAAAGCUAAGAGAACCAAGCUUAUUGUAUGGCUACUUUUUCGAGAAAUGCAAGGAUUCGACUCAGUCUUCAUUGGUCAUCUCAACCAGAGGGCAAUCAUCUAAGUUUUGGGUGGGUUUGCUUGUCCUGUUUUAUGUGUUUUGUUUUGAUUUUGCUUCUAGCAAGGUAGUGGCUUGGUGUGUUGCUUUCACUUUGGUGGAUUGGGAGUUUAGUAAACUUAAUUUUUUAGGAUUCUCUCCUAUACUAGACUUAGGUGGUGUUUUUCUUUCGAUCUCUCUAUUCAUAUGGUUUAAUCGCUUUGUAUAUGAAAUGAAGUUAAUGAAUCACACCUUAUGAUAUUUAACAAGCAUUCAAGCUUGGAACCAAUUUGCAUAGGAUGGAUAAUUUCUUGAUCAUUUCAUAAACUUUUUCCGCCUUCCACUUCAUUCUCUUGA